CUGCGCACACAUUUAUACAUCACAAACUGAUUCGAUCACAGCUACUAGGCUGAACGACGGCAUGGCUUUAUCUAAAGAUGGUGACACACAAAGAGACCUUGCGCAUGCGCGGAGGACGCCAAUUAUUCAACAGCCGAGAAGUAAGAAAUCUGUUUUACCGACGCUACUCUACUCGUAAAGUAGUUCCCCCUCUGCUGUGCAGGAAGAACCUCGUUAGCAAACGGGUGAAUCGAGGGGGGAGAAGUGCGAAAAGCGUACUAGUGAAAAUUAAAAGAAAAGAAAAUAAAAUGGACAACGAGGACGAGGAGAGAUCGGCAAGACUUCCGGCAGAUGGUACGACCCGCGGUGAUAAAAUGGGAGGAUUCGACUACGACGAGGACAAACUCCACGAGAUGACAGCUUCAUACUCGGAAAUAUCAUUCGAUUCCCAAUCGUCGCCGCCAGUGUCGGAGCUCCGUUCAUUGAUAGAAUCCCCUGAUUUGGAAGGGGGGAAAUUCAUGGUUGAGAACCUGGCCAAUUCGGACUCCAACAAUCUCAGGCCCGACAGUCUUGAGCUGAAAAACGAUGGGCUCAGUCCCGAGGAGGACGACGAUGAACCCGACGAGGAUGUCGACCCGCCGAGCUACCACAAGGCGAUCGGCUAUCUCCAGCUCGAAGGCACCGUCACUCAGGAGGGCGAUAUGGUCCUCUUCGUCGCCGAGGAUUUGGAGACCAAAAUAAAACUCUCGAGUCCUGUAACCAAGAAGGGAGAGACGCCCUCCUUUCCUGGCUCGAGGAGCUCGACGCCUUGCCUCUACAGGCAGGCGCUCACACCUCAGCUCCCCAUUCUCGAUCACAACGUCCUCAACGAGCUAGAAAUGGAGGCGCGGAAGGUGGCGACCUCUGUCGACUCGUUGACGGAAAACCUCGCCGCGAUAUUGCACAGCGUGUCUGCGUUGACAGUCGAUUGCUUAGAGACUUACAGAGACGCGGUCUGCAAGACCUGCGACGCUGUAGACCACAACAUCAAGUCGAUGUAUCAGCUGAUGGCAAAGUGCGAGGAGCUAUCGAAGUCUAUGGGUCCAAUAUACAAGCUGGCAGAGCGAAUAAAGGAGAUGAAGAGGAUGCUGGAGCUUUUCGAGAACACGAUAAACAUGUGAGGGGUAAACGGAAGUG